AUCUCAAACUAGAGGUGAAUUAUUAAUUUAUCCCUAAAGCACCAUGAUUAAGAAGCUAAGCAUUAUGGACUACAACCGGGAGAGAUGUGGUCAAUACAUCGAAGCUCUUGAAGAAGAACGUCGAAAGAUUCUUGUCUUCCAACGUGAACUUCCUCUUUGCUUAGACCUCGUAACCCAAUCGAUCGAGAGGUGUAAGAGGGAAAUAACGGAGACGGGCACAGAUAAUGUGUACGGACAAUCAGAAUGCUCCGAGCAAACAACCGGACAAUGUACGCCUGUCUUGGAACAAUUUCUUACCAUCAAAGACUCAUCGACCUCCAAUGAAGAAGAGGUAGAAGAAGAAUUAGAGGAUGAGCAGGGAAAUCACGACCCCGAAAAUGAUUCUGAGGACAAGAACAUGAAGUCUGAUUGGCUUAAGUCUGUUCAGCUCUGGAACCAACCUGACCCGCUUCUUCCAAAAGAGGUAACUAUAUUAGAGAACCCAUAUCGAACCUCAAGACAAAUCUCACGAGGACAAUCUAAAUAUUUGCAUUUUGAGUUUCAGGAACAGUCGCAACAGAUGAUGGAGACGGAGGUGAAGAGAGAUGAAAGUAUGAGAGAAGAUCCAAUGGCUAACAGUGGCGAACGAAGGAGAAGAGAGACGGAGAGAAAGCAAAGAAGGUGUUGGUCGUCGCAGUUGCAUAGACGCUUCUUGAACGCUCUCCAACACUUAGGUGGACCUCAUGUAGCUACGCCAAAGCAAAUAAGGGAGUUUAUGAAGGUUGAUGGAUUAACAAAUGAUGAAGUUAAAAGCCAUUUACAGAAAUAUAGACUCAAUAGAAGAAGACCAAGCCAAACAGUCCCUAACAACGGGAACUCUCAAAAGCAACAUUUCGUAGUCGUCGGGGGUUUAUGGGUACCACAAUCUGACUACUCUACGGGAAAGACCACCAGAGGAGCCAGCACUAGCGGCACUACCACGACAACGACCACAACCACAACCACCACCACCGGGAUCUACGGAGCAAUGGCCCCACCACCAGCGCCACAGUGGCCGAGCCACUUCAAUUUUACGCCGUCUAUUAUUGUGGAUGAAGGAUCGGGAAGCCAUAGCGAAGAGGUGGUAGUCCGAUGUAGCUCGCCGGCGAUGUCUUCCUCUACUCGCAAUUAUUAUGUCACUAAAAAUUAAUUUGUUUUACGUACCCUCUCUAAUGUAUCGAUUCAUUUUUAUUGUGCUGUUAUUGUGUCCCAUGUUAGAAAAUGUGAUACCGUGACUAAAUGAGUGUAUAGACUAUAGAGUUUUGCACCGGAAACAAUACUAUAUAUUAAUAUU